AGCGUCCCUCGGCCCCCGUCUCAUCUUGGCUCUUCUGCAUUACCUGGCAAGGACAAGCAAGACACAAGGGCAACACCAAUAACUCGGCCCAGCCGCUUUUUGUCAGCAGAGCUCUUUGUUGAGGGAUACCACCUGUCACUCCUUUUUUUCACUAUUUACACCUCCCAUCCCACAGAGAUGGCGACCGAAAUACCUUCCCACAUCCUCCGCAAGAGGACAGCAGCCUCAGACAUGACGGUCCUCGAGAACUCGAUCCGUCGUGACAGCGCCUCUCAAGAGGCUCCUGUUAAUGACCUGGAGCAAGGAUCGAGGCCAUCUGUAGCGCAGAACAUUGCCAAUCUGGUGGCUCACGAGGUCGGACCUUCAUUGUUGACGGUUGGUGUCAUGUUAAGCUUGAUCUUUGGAGGAUGCUGUUCAAAUGUUUAUGCUCUUGAAGCUAUCGUCAACUUUGAACCAUCAAGUGGAACUCUGUUGACGUUUGUUCAAUUUCUCUUCGUCGCUGUAACGGGAUUCAUCGCUCAAUUUGAUAAGAACAGUCGUUUCUUCCUUACACCUAACAAGGUUCCCAUCAGCCGUUGGAUAUUCAACAUUGUUCUCUUCUUCACCAUCAAUGUCCUCAAUAACCACGCCUUCAGUUAUGAUAUUUCCGUUCCAGUUCAUAUCAUCCUUCGAUCUGGCGGAAGUAUCACAACUAUGGCGGCAGGCUAUCUAUAUGGCAAGAGGUAUUCUCAAAUGCAAGUUGUUGCCGUCGUCCUCUUGACACUCGGCGUCAUCUUGGCUGCAUGGUCGGAUGCUCAAGCCAAGGGUACAAGUGAAAGCAGUGGUCGUCCGGCCUUCAGCACUGGACUGGUGAUCCUCUUCGUGGCUCAGCUUCUUUCGGCCAUCAUGGGGCUUUACACGGAGGCAACAUACGCCAAAUACGGCCCUCAGUGGAAGGAGAACCUUUUCUACUCGCAUGCCCUCUCUCUGCCGCUGUUCCUGCCUUUUGCUCCGUCAAUGGCACGUACUUUUGCUCAUCUUAUGACGAGCACCCCGUUACAACUACCAGGCGUUUUCGGCUUCGCGACCACUAAGUUCCAGAUUCCCAGUCAGAUCCUAUUCCUUAUUACCAAUGUUCUUACUCAAUAUGCUUGCAUCCGGGGAGUCAACCUUCUGGCCGCUGCCUCAACGGCUCUCACCGUCACCAUCGUCCUCAACAUCCGAAAGCUCGUCAGCCUACUUCUAAGCAUUUGGCUAUUUGGUAACAAGCUAGCUCCUGGUACACUCCUAGGUGCUAUUAUUGUUUUCAGUGCCGGCGGGCUAUACUCAGUGGGUUCGAGAAAGAAGACACCUGCGGAGAAGGGAGUUUCUGCCAGGGCCAACAAAGCAAGCUGAGGAGCGUGUUGCGUGUUUUCGUCGGUAUAAAGGGUUUUUGCAACGCUCAUCGAAUUGUAGACGGCGUUGAUGGUUAAGGGGGACCUUGCAAGAGACGAUCUGAGUGUAGCCGGACGUCAUGUCCAAUGCUACCAUGUAGGCGCUAUGGUGAAUCUUAUAUGCUAACGAAUACCAAAAGCCAAAGAGCUUAUAUAGACUAGACAAUCGAGAAUGCCAUUUUCGAAUAGACCGUGGAUAUUUACCAUAUUUGUGUUGAUAUCAA